CUUGUUAGUGUUUCUUUUCAUAUCUGAUCACGCCCUAAAUCAGUUACUUAUUCAUAAACAUAUAACACAUUAUAAUUAAAUUGUGCUAUACUGCUCGAGCCUGUUCAUUCAAAGACAGGUGUAGCUCCGCCCCCAGUGCACCUGAGCCAGGAAGUGCAGCACUGAUCCUGUUUGGUUUCUGUGGAUAUUCAGAGCAAAGGUUGCCACUGUACUGAGGAAAUUAAAUUAACAGAUUGAACUAUUGGACAAGUUCUGAACACAGGUCUGCCAUGUUUGGUCCUCGUUUGCAUGUGCUGGUUGUUCUUCAUGUUUUCAUCAAUGGGAACUGGGCACUGUUUCAAAACAUUUCCAAGUACAAGAGCAGUUUGUUGAAGCAGGACAUCUUGGCCCUAGAGGGCACUAGUGUCCUCAUUCAGUGCAACAUCUCCGGAGACAACAUUCAGUGGUUUACUCCAAAGGGGGAUCUACUGGCGUUUGACCAAGAUGGAAAGUGGCAGAUUGAGGAGAGCGGAGCCUUAAACAUCACCUCUGUCUCUUUCUUGGAUCGUGGGCACUACACCUGCUCUUCUGACUCCUCAAACUUCACUGUCACUCUUCGCGUCGCUUACACUGACAGCGGUCUGGGCCUGUACUACGUGACUGUUUGCCUGGUCACCUUCACCAUAACCAUGAUCCUGAACUUCGCUCGCCUCUGUAUGAUGAGUAGCCAUUUAAAGAAAACCGAACGCGUUAUCAAUGAGUUUUUCCGAACGGAAGGGGCAGAAAAGCUACAGAAGGCGUUCGAAGUGGCCAAAAGGAUUCCCAUUAUAACAUCAGAAAAGACACUGGAGUUAGCUAAAGUGACACAGUUUAAGACUAUGGAGAUUGCUAGGCAUAUUGAAGAUUUGGCCAAAAGUGUGCCAUUACCGCCUCUGAUUUUAAACUGUGGGUCGAUUGGAGAGGAGGCUGCAGUAGACAGUCCACAGAUGGAGAAAAAUGAAGACUUGUGUGAAAGAGAGAGUCUGCUGGUCCAAGCAGAGAGAGGAGAAGGUAAUGCAGUGAUUUCAGUACAUGCACUAUUAGAAGAACAUGUGGACAAAGUAAAGUAGGAUUUAAAGAAGACCUAUUGUGCUUCUGUCUUACUUAUAAUCUAUGACACCCGUGGAUCAUUAUGCUAUUUUUGCACAUUUUAAGUCACAUUAUUAAUCUCAAACGAGUUCCAAAAAAAGAAAAGAAAAAAAAAAAGUUAGUGCCCAAUGGGAGCUGACAUCGGCAUAAACAACAUCACAGCUAAGUAUCGGUCUCUCCUAUGGAUAGUUGGAGAUCACACAUUUCCAUUUGUACCAAAGUGCUGCAGAAUUCUAUGGCUAUCAAUGAUUAAGUGGAAAAUGAAGUACAGAUCAGUGAGCAUAUGCUGGUGGCAGAGACAACGUCAAAAUGACGUCUUGAAAAUAAGUGAUUAAAGAUUGCUCAAACAUGCACAAAUCAUUCCAAAUACAACUUCAGGUGAGUAAAUGGUGAGGGAAAACAACUAUAACAGUUCUAAAAAGUUGAUUUUGCAUGAUAGGUGUGUUUUAAAAUACAUCCAUGAACUUAAUCUGUGAUAGGAUGUGCUGUUGUUUUGACAGGGAAAGUGCCACAUAUAGGGCUGACUGAUUAUUUUGAUUUAAGAUCACUUUCCUUGAUCACUGUAUCCACUUAUUGUUCAAUAUGUGAAAGCUGGAACAAUAUUUUUUGGGGUGAAUAUUUAUCGUGGGUACUUUUUGGUUAUUAUUUGGCAAUAUUUUAAUUGUAAUUGUAAUUCUUUAUAUGUAGGGUUAGACCAGGGCUCCCUGCAGCACUUACAACACAUCCAGAACGCUGCAGCUCAUCUGCUGACAAAUACUAAUAAACAUGAACACAUCACACCUGUUCUGUGUGACCUGCACUGGCUCCCUAUCUUAUAUCGGGUGCAAUUUAAAAUGUUAUUAAUUGUUUUCAAAUGUUUGCACUCUAUGGGUCCAGUCUAUUUGAGUGAGUUACUACAGCCGUAUACUCCGCCCAGAGCCCUGAGAUCAGCCGACCAGCUCCUGUUGGUCGUGCCCAAAACUAGGCUCAAGACAAGAGGUGACAGAGCUUUUUCUGUGGCAGUGUCCAGACUGUGGAACAACCUUCCUCUUCCUGUCAGAUCCUCUCAAUCUGUAACACAGUUUAAGACGAGACUGAAAACUCACCUCUUCUCCCUGGCAUUUAGUACUAGCUAGUCAGGUUAUCUUGGUGGUUUUAUUGUGGCUUUCACAUGUUUUCUGUAUAUAUGUAUUUGUAACUGUUACUUCUGUUUUGUUCAGUUUUAUGUGAAGCACUUUGGUCAGCUGAAGUUGUUUUAAAUGUGCUAUAUAAAUAAAAUUGAAUUGAAAAUUGAAUUGAAUAUGAUAAGAUUUAAGCCAUAAAAGGUUCAAAUAAUACCCCAUUGCACAUGCAAACUAAGUACUGAAGUGUGUCAAUCUGUUGUUUAUUUAUUAUAACUCAUGUUUUUUUGUCUGUUUGUUUGUUUUUUUUCUUCCCACCGGCAAUGGAUUUAGGCCUGUCACGAUAAUUACUAUAUUGACUUAUAAUUCAAUGUAUGAAACCUGUAUCAAUAUAUAUUUUUUUGUCAUUUUAGUUGCAAUAUAAGAUUUGAGCUUUAGAGGGGUGAAUAAAUAACAUCUGUGGCUAAUCAUUGCUUCAUUCAGCUGUUUAUCUGUUGCAGCUCAGGCCUUUUUAAAUGUUACUGUCUGUUAAAAAAUGGUUUACUGGUAUUAUUUUGGUGGUAUGGAUGGGUGGAUUUUACUUUUUUGUUAUUGUGUCAGUGCCAUAAGUAGUUUCUCUAUUAUUGUUUAUCAUUAUAUUACAGAACCUUUGACUGGGACUAUAACCUUUGUCUGAAUAUGUGUAGGUCAGGGGUCUCCAACCUGUAGCUCGGGAGUUACCAGUAGCUCUCCACCCUCUUCCAGAUAGCUUGCCAAAGGAGUUCUGAAUGUGUAUUGUGUUCAGUAACUUAAAUUUGUUGAACUACCAUUGUAAAUGUAUAUUUCUGAUGCCUAACUUUGUGCACUAAUAAUGCAUGGAUUUUGGUUUUAUAGGUAUCUAAUUGUUCCUCAUCUAAGGCUAAAUGUCUUGUGACCACUAAAAUCAGUAGCUCUUUGGCAUUUUCUUUUUGUAAAGGUAACAGAAAAAGGUUGAAGACCCCCUGCUGUAGGUUAUAUUGUUAUUAUAUUGUUUCUUUACUUUCAAGCAAACUAACUGUCUGACUCAGCUUGUGUGUUAUGUGUUUGUUCUCCUUUCUUUUCCCGUGUUGUGUUUUCUUCAUAAUCAUUUUUUGACACUGCAAUUGUUCCCUUUUCUUUAUUUUGACACUUUAGCUUGAACUGAACAAAUAGCUUUUUUUCUUCAUUGUGUAACUGCCAGUCGCACCCAGCAUUAAACCAGGAAUGAGUCAACAACAUGUCAAUCUGUGAAUAUAAUUACUACAAUAAGGAGAAAAUAACUGUUAUA